UGGAACCUCCCCACCUACCGCCCACCGAAACUCCCCGCGCGUGGCAAUGACGUAGGGCCAAGUGCGUCGCGCGCCGAUGAAGUCAGAGGCUAAUGGCGGGUACCUCGACUACAGCGCCGGAAUCAUGGCAGACUGCGGCUCCGCGGAGGAGGCGCUUGGCUGCGCGGCAGUCGCGACGAAGGGAGGUGGCGGCCCGGGACCCGGAGACAGAGCUCGAGGCGGACAGCAGAGUCGUUCUUCGUCGCGUCCGGGAGGCUGAGGAGGACCUGCUUAUCUCUGAUUUCUGGAGUUCAGCACUAGAUACCAUCAACGGGUAUCUUACAAAACACCUGGAACAGUUGAAGUCCCCUAUGGAGACUCUUUCAGAUGUCCUUGGAAACCUGCACCUUGACUCAUCAAAUGAAUCAAAUAUGGCCCCUGGCUUCAUCCCAGGAGAGAACCUGGUCAUAAGACCCUGCCAUUUGAAAUGUGUGUGUUACGGUAUUGGGAACUUUGCUACCUGCGUCAUAGCUAGAAACCAGCUGUCAUUUUUGCUUCUGUUCUUGGAAAAGUGCCAGAUUCCCAGAAGUCACUGCUGGGUAUUUGACCCUCUGUUUAGCCAAGUUGAAAUUGCAGUUCUUAACACCCUGGGUGUGAUUGUUCUCAGCAAGAAUGAAGAAGGGAAACGCAGUAUUUGUGGGGAGCCCACCAUCUUUUACAUGCUCCACUGUGGGACCGCCUUGUACAACAACCUUUUAUGGAGUAACUGGUCAAUAGAUGCCCUUUCGAAGAUGGUCAUCAUUGGGAACAGUUUCAAAGGACUUGAACAAAGGUUGUUGGCAAGAGUUCUGCAGAAAAAUUAUCCCUACAUUGCAAAGAUUUUAAAAGGACUAGAGGAAUUUGAGUUUCCUCAGACUUCACAGUUCACAGACAUAUUUAAUGACACCUCAAUUCACUGGUUCCCUGUACAAAAGCUAGACCAAUUACCCAAGGAUAUUUGGGCAUUUCAAGAAGAACCAGAUUAUCAGGACUGUGAGGACCUUGAAAUCAUCAGGAGUGAGAAGAUGACAGCUACUGACCAGAACUUCCUGUAAUGUUUGGUGUUGGCAGAGGCAGAAGCUACCACCAGAAACUAAAGGGAAAUUUGCCAUGAAGGGACUGCAGAGAACUCCUUUGCAGUGGCCCAAAUUUCAGAAAUGAGAAGGGAAAUAU